AAGGUGCCUCUUGCUUUCUCCAUGAUUUUAAAAUUCUACGGACUUCAAUGUUGAAUGUUACUGUCCUAAAUACACAACAUUGCCCAUCCAUGAGAUCAAACUUUUAUAGAUGCUCAAGAAUAAUUGUUAUAUUUGGGUGGGAAUAGAAAAACAUUUUCACCUUGGUCAGCAAGAUGGGUGAUGAAAAAAUGAUUAAAGUAGGAGUUGCUGGACGCUUUUCUUGUGAAGAUGAAUAUUGGGAUGAAAAGGGUAAUUCUGAACUCUACGAGAUAUACAUUUCUCAUGGAGAUUGUAUUCAAUCCAUUCAAUUUCAAUAUGUUGUGGAGGGAACGUUGGUGCUGUCUGAGGUGCAUGGAAUAUGCAAUGGUCCAAAAUUCAAUCUGAUAAGGUUCAAUUAUCCAUCUGAGUUUCUCACUGGGAUAAGUGGUGACUGCUUGGCUAACCAAAAACUCAGUUCUCUGACAAUUACUACCAAUAAACGAAGCUACGGGCCCUUUGGUCGUUUUACAAAUGCUCACCACUUUGAUCUUCAGUUUGGAAAUUCAAGGCAGUUUGGGGGGUUUUAUGGCUACUGUGACAAAACUCGCAACAAUUACGUGGCAGCCCUUGGAGUCUACCUUAAGCUCUCCAAUAAAAUGGAGAUCAAUCCCGGCGACUGCAUAUUAAUCGAAAGAGAACUCACGGAGGAUGAUUCAUGCACAUGUUUUGAAAUAAAUGAUCCAUGUACAGGAAGAAGAAGAAAGAAUGUAUGAAGCAUGAAGUUCAAAAUCUGUUAUGUAUCCAUUUAUGUUAUUCAGACGCUAAUCUGUUGUAAUCAAAUAUUCAUAUAUAUUAAUGAGCCUCACAGUUGAUACAUAAACUGUUCUUCUCGUCUAGCACAACGAAUCUUACAUAGAUAAGCCAUGAUCAUAAAGCAAAAUCUCAGUUCUAGAACCUCAGAUAUAUGGAUAUAUAUCUGUUCAGAGAAAUACAUGCAAUUGACAUUU